CCGACAGCCACUGAUACCCGUGGACCUUGGGACCACCCCAGCUGCUGGAACCCCAAAGGCUGCAGGGUCCAACGCCGCCAACAAAGAACGUCAGCCUCGAGAAACUUUCGGAACCUCGCCAGACCUCUCACCACCCAGCGACCGCCGCAGCUCAGGACCGCAACCACGAGCCGCCCUCCCGCGUUCUCCAAUGACGCACUCGCAGAGAUAACGCCCACUCUCCCCUCGGGCGUGCCCUCCACGCGUGCAGCACCCACCACGCCAUGGCCACCAAACGCGACUACGACGACGUCGACGACGGCGAGGUUACCGACGAUGACGACCCAAGCCCCAAGCGCGCGAGGAAACACACGGGCGCCCGUGGCCUGCAUCAGCACCAGAACGCAGCUAUAGAUCCGACCUGGGGACAAAAAUAUGUCUUCUCCAACAUCACCGAGAUGUCCACCAUUCCCUAUGGCGAGGAGUCGGACUUUGAAGACGAUGCGGAUGCUAUGGCGUACUUGCGCUCCGUAAGGGAACAAGCACUCGGCAUUCCACACAUGCUCGUGGCCCCGAAGAAACAGAUCGGGCCUCAGCUCCCGCCCGAGCUGCGGCAGGCAAACGACGAAGCUGGCAAUGGCGGUGAUGAGAACGGUGGCGGUGAUGAAGACGACGAAGACAAACCAGUACAGGCCGAGUACGACCAAUAUCAGAACGGCACCGGGACCAGGGGCUGGUACGAGGACGGCGCAUACAUCGCCCAAGCCACGUCAGACGGCUCCGACCACUCAGGCGAUGAGGAGGAUCCCGCAUCGGAGCUCCAUCAAGCCUAUUAUGAGUCCAUUCUGGCCCGUUACCGCCAAAUACGAUCUAUCCUUCACUCCGAGCCACCAGCUGGCGCGGCGCGGCGGCGCCUACCUUCCGGCCGCCCAACCACCGCCGCACCCCUGGACGGGAAGUCCACCACCCACAAGACCUGGUCCGCCGCCUUGCGCAACACGGACCCGCAUCCGCUCCAGCUCGCCCUCCUGUCCAAGGACUCCGUCAUCCGCGUCCUGCGCGUUCUCCUCGGCGGCCGCUUCCUGCGCCUCGGGUACACGCUCUCGGAGCGCACCAGCCAAUGGGUCUGGGCCCUGCUCGCGCGGCUCCCUGAACCGUGGGAGCUGGACCACACUGAGAUUGGCUGGGUGCGCGACCUGGGGCGCCGUGCCAUCCUGCUCGGGAGGAGCCUCGCGGAGAUGGCCGCGCUGAGGGACGAUUUGGAGGAGGGCCAGCUGGGGGUUCACGAAAUGGUCGACCAGAGCAGCAGCGUGGAGCUGGGCACCGAUGCGCACGUCGGCUACGGCGUGGACAGUGCAGACUCUGACGCUGCCGGUGGCCUAGUACCACAAGAGGACAAAGAAAUGAAGGACCCUCAUCAAGUAGACCACAAAGGCGACGACUCAAAGGAGGUCGAAUCCGAAGAGGAGGGCCAGGUCUCGGACGACGACGGAGGCGACGCCACAUCCGUUGCCAUGGACCUCUCGUCGGGCUCAGAGGACGGCGAGGUGACAUCCUCGGUGGUGGUCCCGGUUGAUGGCCCGGACGCCCUCGAAGCCGCCAAGCGAGCGUUCCUAGCUCGCCUCGACGGCGACGCGACGGUCGACGCGCCGAACGAGGAGACCGAAGAAGCGCAGGAGGCCGCCAGGCUGCGCCUGCGCAUCAACAUGCGAGCGACGCUCGACAUGAUCCUCACCGUGGCGGGUGAGUUUUACGGGCAGCGAGAUCUGCUCGACUUUCGGCAGCCCUUUGUGGGCAUGUGAGGUAUAGUCUGAGCAGCCUGGCUGCUACGCGACUCACAUAAGAACGAGACGAGUGGACAGAUGUGGCACGGGAAACGAGGGGUGUUGAUGAAUCGCUGGCUAUUACAUAGGGCCUAACGGCUCCCGUUUCUUCUUGAUACCCGCCCGCCGCAGCUACUCCUCAGUGUCGAGGCGAUCUGCACAUUCUAAACAACAAAGUAAUAACAAUAGCCCACAACGCGGAC